CACCAUACGGUAAUACAAUUCACUAAAAAAUAUAAAUAUGACUAUUUAUGAUGUAUUAUCGUAUGAGUAUGAUCUACGUAAAAACAAACGAAAAACAAGUACCUCAACUUCGUGAUAAAACCAAGCGAUAAAAAUAGACUUGUGCAGAGCAGGAUUUCUAACCAUGUACAGACAGAACUUUCAAGGGACUUUGGCAGCAGAAGAGUUCAUGUUACAACAAUGAGCAAGUCAAGUAGGCCUAUUACAAUCGUGAUUUGAUGUGACUGACAGUUUGAUGUCUUUAUCAUAAAACUGGGAUGUUUUGUGCAUCUUGAGAACCUUUCUCAGGACACUGGGACAAGCUGUAAAAAAAUGUGACUGCCUCGGGAAAAACCAGGAUGUCAGGUUGCUGUAGACUUUUAAAAUCUUUUCCAACUACUGAUGUAAGAUUAAUUAACCUGUAACUACCUGAACAAUUUUAAUCACCUUCAUUGAAAAGAGGAAUAAUAUUAACCAACUUCCAAUCUUCUGACACCUGCCCAUUGUCGAAAGACUUACAAAGGAUAGUACCAAGUGGUUCACAUAUCCAAUCCUUAAUUUUCUCCAAAACCCUUGGGGAAAUGUAAUCUGGCCCAGAAGACUUAUCAUUCUAUAAACUUUCCAAUUUUUUCUUAACAAGCUCAGAUUUAAGAAGAGCAUGUUAAGAUCUGUACCCUCAGGAAAGACAAGUAAAGUGAUUGUAUGUGGUUAUGAAGGUUGUGGCAAAACAUCUAUAAUAGAACAGCUUAUUUAUGGUAACCUGAGUUUAGGAAACCCUGUUUAUCCUACCAUUGAAGAUGUGUACUGUGCCAUCAUUGACAAUGACAGAGGUGGAAAGGAAAAAAUUCGUUUCUAUGAUACUGCUGGGAUGAAACCAGCCCAUUGUGAAGUGCCGAGAGCCUACCUAACAGCUGCUGAUGGGUUUGCCUUGGUUUAUGCUAUAAACAAUAAAGAAUCCUUCAGACUUUUGGAUCAAAUCAAGAAGGAUAUUGACAGGAACAAGGAGAAAAAAGAUGUACCAAUCAUUGUGUUAGGCAACAAACUAGAUCAACAGAGAGACAGACAAGUUGACAUUGACAAGGCAAAAAUCUGGGCACUGAGAGAGAAAGUGAAACUCUACGAAGUAAGUGCUGCUGAAAGAAAAUCACUGCUGGAUCCUUUUAUUUUCCUGACAUCUAAGAUGAACCCACCACCAGGCAAAUCAGCAUUUCCUCAGUUGGGAAGAAAAGGAAGGAGCAGUAGUAUCACCAUGGAGCUUUAAUUGAGAUAUUUGAGAAAAAUUGGCAACAUUGCCAGAGAGCUUUUAUUGAAACAUUAUUCAAGAAAAAUGAGUAGUUUCACCAUGGAGCUUUAACCCCUUCCAUGAUUUGCUCAAGUUAAUUUGGGCAUGCCAUUUCUCGACAAACUUUAAUUACUUGGCUGAAGUUAUCAUGUUAUCAUCUAUUAUAAUAAGCUAUCAAAAAGCAAAAUUAAAAAAUCCUGCCUUUUUUUUAGAUCAUUUCCAAAAAAAAUGACACAGAAGAGGUUAAUUGGGACACUGGUUGAGAAAAAAUUGUAGCAUUAUCAUGGAGAUUUAAUAGGUAUGUUGUAUGAGAAACAUUAAUAGCUUUAAUUGAAACAGUGUUCAUUUAAAAUUAGUAGCAAUCCCUUGUUAUUUAUUGUUUUUAAUCUUUAUUAUUAUGACACUGACUGUACCAAGUGACUACUAAGCAAUGGUUCAGGUUUUCAAAAUUAAAAAAUAAUCAAGAAUCAAUCUUUAAGCUUUACCUAAUUGUGUGGAUUUUGAUUUACUGAAUUAAAUAUAGAAUCAUUAGGUAAAAAGAAGCUUUUCAAUUAUUUAUUUUGUAGCCUUUCUCAACCUAUUAAGUGUUCAUUCUCUAUUCAUUUAUAACAAUUAAUAAAGAACUAACAUACAGACAUGUUAAUUUUAAUGAAUCUCCCAUUCACUUUAGUUAAAGAGGCUGCAGUAAGAUGAAAGUAUUGAAAACAAAACAUUGAUCACCUGCGUUAAUUACAGCUUGCAAACAUCAUUACUAUUAUUGACCCAAGUUAUAUUUUAAAUAAAUGUCGCAAUCUAAGAAGAGAUGUAUAGCCAUUUAGGUCAAGGAAGAAGUGUAAUUCAGCAAAUUUUUAGUCAUGAGACCAGGAUGACUAUUUUGGUUUGCAUAGUUCAAUUUGUAGAUGUUGUUUAUGACUAGAUUUUCAUUGUCUUUCAUUUAUCAAAUUCUUUUUAAUAUUCUGUAAACUUGUGGUUUGCACCCUACUGACUAUAAAGAGGUUGUGAUACUACUCAUUAAAUAUUUUGACAGAACUAGAAUGUAGUAAGCCAACAUUGUUUUACUGCUUUUAGAAUUGAGUUGUUAACUUCAGUGUUAAUUAUUAGCCUAUGUAUAUCAUAUGUUGAUAAUAGAUUAAACAAAAUGCUGGAUAUUAUUCAUUAGCUUUCCGAAUAUGUCAUUUAUUAUAAUUAAUGCUUUAUUUUCUUUGAGCUUAAAAGAAUGUGCUUUUCAAUGUAAAUCAAGAAGUCCUAUACAAUUAAUGUAAAACAAUUUUUAACAAUUUGUUGUUAUUGGUCAAUAAAGGCAAUAAGGUUGAUUUAAAACAUAUUUGGUGACAUGUACAAGUAAUACUGCUUUUAAAUUUUCUUUAAUAACUGUGUAGUUAUUUAGUUCAAUGUAAAGUAUUACAUAAUAAAGCUAACUUAAUAUAUAAAUACAAGAUGAAGGCAAAUUAUUAUAUUGUUUUUAAUUUAGCUAAAUAUCAGUUAAUGGUAAUUUUUAAAAGUAUUCUUAUUUAUUGUAUUCAAAGUACUAGUAAUUCAUUGACGUAUAUAUUAAAUGAAAACAUUCCUUGAGGUUAAAAAAUUCUAAAGCUCUCACCCCAUGAUUUUAUUUCAAUGUACAAAAAACAUUAAAUGUGAAACUUCAUCCAUUUUGGUCAAUAUUUAGAUUUACUCAAUGAGUUUGAAGUUCUAGACUGCAGUGGUCUUGGUACUGUAUGUACUGUGUGAUAUGCAAACAUGUUUGUUUUAUAUUAUAAAUGACUUAUUUAAAAUAUAUUAUUAUAUUAUUGCAUGUAUAAUCACAUAAUUAUAUGAUUUUGGCAUGUGUAUUCACUUUUGCAUUGUUAUUGUUUCCUUUUUGCUGUUAGAGAAACAUUUUCUGUGAUCCUGCACAACAUGGAGGAGGAAUUGUUUCUCAUUUUAAAUGAGUUCCUCAUUGAGAUGCCAUAAAUGUCCAGCAAAUAUUUGACAGGCAGAUUUUGUAGGAAAUUAAGAUCUUUGUGAGGAGCAGAAAUGGCAUCAGGAGCUGAACCAUGCCCAAAGAUAGACUUGAACAACAAAGAUGCAUAUAUCAUAGAGUCCUCUUUUCUCACAGCCAGUGAGCUUAAACUGUCCCAUAAACAUCCAGAUCUUGAAGGCAUAUAAUGCCUUGGCCAUCCAUCAUGAAUAAUGCACUGCUCCAGGUACUAGAAAUCCCACUCCACAAGGAGGGAUGCCACCAAGAAAGGUUAUGGCCAGUUCAAGUUUCAUUCAAGGAUAGCUGUUUCUACUUUGCAUGCCGUUUCUUUUCCAUACUUGCGUAACUUCUUUUCUCAGCUCUUAAUUUAUUUAAAGAAAGAACCUUAUCUACUUGGCCCAUGCACCCACAACAUCCUCUUUCCCUCUAAGGAAGAGAAAGGUCCUUGUCUUCAGGGGUCUUGUUCAGAGUCAGAGCAUCCCUAUGAGUGAGAUCAAAAAAGGUUAUCCAGGUUAUUAACAAACUUUGCUUUAUUAUCUCACUAUGUUUCAGUUUUUCUUUUUGAAUUUUUAUUCAGCUUCACCCACUUUUAAAAAAGCUUCCCUAGUUUGAUAAUAGCAUGAUGUUCUGAACAGAUUGGAAUUUUAGCUUUUUUUCCAAAAAGCUACAGUCCCCUUGGUCAUAAUCUUUGAGCUUUUUUAUGUUUUAUGAUUGUAGAAAACAUACAUGGUACUUGUCUGUUUGAAGGAAAAUUGCUUCCAAUUUGUUCAGCUUUUUCUGAACCAAGCAAUUAAAGUAUAGUCGUACUUUUUGUUGCAGUAUCCAUUUACAAUGAUAUGCCAAUAGUGUCAGCUGAAAUGAUACAGAAGAAUCUGCUUAAGUGCUUAUAUACCCUUACAGAAAUUCUUGAAACUACUGUCAUGUCAUAUAGAAUAUUCCAUAAGUAAAAGGUAACAGCAUGAACUAUUUAUAUAUGGAAUGUUCUUGAACAUUCCAAAUAAUGUGGAAUGCUCUGGAAUAUUCCAAAAUAUGCUGGAACAUUCUAGAAUAUGCAGGUAUAAUGUGAGAUACAGGGUAAAACUUCAAUUACCUUGAGCAACCUCUAAACGUUAUUCAAUAUGGAUAAAAUUUGGUGUGAAUUAUUUAUAUAAUUGAACAAAAUGAGGGGGUGAGAGUGUUAUAAAUAAAAAAAUAUGGAUUACCCCCAGAAUUGAUGCAAUUCAAUUGUACUUUUAACAGUGUGGAAGGGGAUCAUCCUGCUGGAAUAACCUGUUAGUUUGUAAUGUUUUCAAUUGUUGCAAAGAAAUAAUCUACAGUGUCAAGGUACAUGUUUCUCAUAACAGUUGCUUCUAAGAAAAUGAAUAGACUAAUGACAGUGUUAUGGGUAAUUGGUGCCCAGGUGUUGACUUUUGAACUCUCUCUCUCUCACAAUUUGAUGUGCUGCAAAAAAACAACAACUAAACAUUAUUCUUGCAAGUUCAACAAACUGUGUGUCUAUAUGUUAAAUGGUUUGUCCUGGUAUGAUUUUUCAAAAUUCUUGGACACAGUGCCUUAGAGCCACAUAAAUGGUAUCAUGAACCACAAUAGUGGUUCAUAAUAGGGUUUGCCCAGGCAUUUCACAAAAAUUCUCAUAGAACAUAGGGGCAAAAACCAUCUUGUUCUUGAAACAACACUCGAGACCUUCUAUCACGAUGGCUAAGGCUGCGAAAAUAUUGAUAACAGUAAAAAAGUUAAUUUUCCAACUGUUAGACAAAAUUCAUCCAUUUCUUCUUCCUGUUAUUAUUAUUAUUCAUAUUAUCCUUGUUUAACAAGCUUUUGGAAAAAAUGGAUAUGAAUAUUUUAUUCAAACCUACUAUAAAAAAACUCCUGUGCAGGUCAUAGGACUAUUUUUAUGUUGAUUCUUGAAAGAGGAGAGAUUGUAUCAGUUUUUUCAUUGCAACUGGCCAAGUUUCUCUUCAAAGCCAUUUAAGCACCUUAGCCUACAGCAAAAAUGGCUAGGUAUACUGCACCAAAAUCUAUGCACAGCUACUAAAUAAACUCCUAUGAAGGUUGUAGGACUAUUUUUAAGUUGAGUUCUUCUUCAUUACCAACAUAAGCCAUUCAAGCAUUGCGGAAAUGAAGAAGCCAUUUGAGCACUUUUAUACUAGUUAAAAAUGCUCUGUUUUAUACUAGUGUGAAAUGCUUUAUUUUAUUAGAGUAAAAAAUGUGUAUAUAUAUAACAGUAUCUCCAGCCUUAUUAUUAUUGAUUAUAG